AAUAGACGCAUGUUAUUAAACAAAGAAGAGGGAAAUUUAGUGAGCUUAAGUAAAACUAUUUCCAUAAAAAAAAUCAACCUCUUUGACUCGCAUAACGUAGUGGCAGUAAAAUGCUUACUCCCUUGGGCGUAAUAUCGGCUAGGUUCAUAGGUUGUGGGUUGGGUUUGAAUAUGUUCUUUCUAGGCAGACGAAGUCAUGGGCAAAGACUAAUAAAAACAUACUUAGGUCCUCCUUAUAAAAAGUUUCACCAGUAAUUGAAUUACAAAUAUGUAUUUGACCUACUUCAAUAUUAUUUUCUCGUUACCAGUCUAUCUAAUCAUAAGUAAUCUAUCAAUAAAAUUAGGUACAAAGAGUACCGCAACCUAUACCGCAUAGGUAUUGUCAAAAUCCGCCAAGGCUGUUCGAUUACAAUGUUUCAAAUCCUAUUGAUUGUGACAGUUAUCGGUUUCCUUGGCGACGGGUACACAACACUACUUCAAUUAUAUUUUUUUCAAAACAAGCUCAUAUUGAGCAUUUUUUUACACAAUGUGUUGAAAAUGGAUUGAAGCUAUGUCCAGCUUAAGUCUCAUACCUGAAGAUAAGAGGAAAGAAUUUCAAAGGUUGGUGAUUUUAAAAUUGUUUACAGAAAAGAGUCUGCAGCGACCGUCUACAGCAGCAGUUCUCGUCUAAACUUGCUGACGAAGCGCAAGCGCAUGAACCCCCUCGCCGGCGACAUGUCCAGCCAAUCACUGAAGCCGGACCGUUCCGUUACCCAACGUGUGCUGUCAGCUAAGACGCACCGGGUGAAGCAGCUACAGAAUCAAUUAGCUGACGCCCAGUAUCACUUGCAGGAGUUGAGUAAUGAAAAUCGGGUACUGCGGGCUAUGCAGAAAAAACAAGAGAUAGCGUUACAAAGAUAUGAGAACUCGAACGCAGAGCUGCCGCAAGUGCUCAGCUCUCACACCGAGGAGAUUAGGAUCCAGCAGUUAAAGUACAAACAGCUGAAGCAACAGAUGAAAGAGACUUUGACGAAACUGAAGGAGCGCGACAUGCAACUGCAGCAGCUUAGGGACGAGCACCAGCAUCUGCUGGAUUUGAGUAAAGACAGAAACCUCCUCGAACGAGAGAAGCUACAAUCCCAACUGUCAGACCUUCAGCUAAAGGUUCAGCAGCAGAACGAAACUAUAAGCACUCUGCAGCGCCGACUUGCGCUCGAAGCCAAGAAUUUUAAGCACCAGUUGCAAGCUGAAAUCAACAAGCAUAAAGACACCCGGCAUGACCUGGACUUGGCUAUUAAUAACGCUGAUAAACUGUCGACUAUUAUCGAGAUGAAAGAAAAGAUGAUUUACACGGCGCGACAGGGCAGAGUCGUGAAGUCACCAGUGAAGUCCAUUCCAGUGCAGCAACAGCCACGUAAAUACAUGCGCAGCCAGGAUAUCCGUGAUGAUGACAGGGGCAGUGGGGACCAGAACAACAUGCUAGCAAAAAUGUGCGAAAACUCUCGCAGUCUUAGCAGUGCUUUAUCCCACGACGAGGAAACCAGCUCGUCCGCCGAGCCCCGCUCCCGAUACGCGGCUCGCAGUCGCCUCAGCAACAGCACACGGUCUACCUCCAACAACACCAGGAAAAGCUCCAAGGGAUCCGACGACAUAAUAGAAAUAGCCAAAACCGUUCAAGAUGGAAUGGCUGACCUGGCAAUCUUUGACGAACAACUUGACUUCAAAAACGCCUCGCCGGAUGAAGUUCAAAAGAAAUUAGAUGCUAUGAAGGCAGAUUUAAUCAACAAAAUUAAAACUGAUGAUUCUUUAUCCAGGAAAUCUAGUGCUCUGAGGAGGAGAUCUACUGAUGAAUCAAUAGAGGAACAACUUAGUGAAGUCGAUGAUGAAAGACCCAAGUCGAGAGGAAGGAGACAUUCCAAUGUUUCGUUUUACGACGAUGUAACCAUUGAAGAAAAUACAACGAUAAUCAACGAAGAAUUUAAAUCUGUGGAAGUUUCUAAUCCCGUGCCAGCAACAAGAACGAACAUGGAUAAAACAAAGAUUGAACGAAAAUUGUCUGGCAAGCCUAUCGAGACAUAUUGCAAAGACAUCAUCCAUGACAUAGAAAAAAGUAGCAAAGUUAUAGACAAACACAUGAGAGAAUACACCCAGUCGAGAUUUAAUAACGAUACGAUAGUUGAGCAUUUGCAAGCUGUCGACAAAAUCAAUGAAUUAGUCAAUGCGCAAGGCGAAAUACCCCCAGAAGCUCUGUCAGAGUUAAAUAAUAAUUUCAAUAUGAUAUCAGACCAGGUUUUUUCUGCUGAAGGUUUGCCGGUUGCCAGAAAGAGGUCAGUUUCUGGACGAAGGAGCUCUAGGGUUGAAUCACGGACCAAUGUAUUUGGCGAUUCUAGUCUGAGCAAUCAAGAUUUGUUAAAUGAUUUACUAGGAAAAAAAUGAUAUAGAAGUAAUGAUUGCUUGCAAUUAUUUCGUGACACGAGGCUGGUAACUUGUUUUACUUUAUAACAAAGUUAUCGGGUGUAAACAGUUGUUUUUCAAUAGACCAUUUUGAUUAUGAAGUUCGUUGACAUAAUAAUUAAAUCAACGAGUUGAAGUUAGGAAACAAAUAUCAGUACUAAGACCGUUUGUUUUGCUUGACUGUCGGAGAAGGGGCGGCAAUGCUCAUGAAUGUUAAAUGAGCUUUUACUGGUGGUAUUUUCUGGUUAUUCAUAACUUACUUAUAUUCAUAGGUUACUAAUAAAGACCGCAUCAAUAGUAGUUUUCAAUGACAUUGUAACAGUUUUUCCAUCAGGUCACGUGUCCGUCUUACGAAUUUUCAAUUUGUCGAAUCUGUCGGUCACGUCACCUGUCGCGAGUUUAACAUUUUUUCCCCAUCACAAAAAGUGCACAGCGCCGCUAAAGAAGUUUUCACUUCAAUAAAAACCUGUUUGUUUCAACAAUGCAAUGCAAUAUACGUGUAUUUAUAUUUUACAAUAUAAACCUUACAGCCCCCGUUCAGGGCAACGUAAUAUUGUGACGUGACGGUACCUAAUACUGAGCAUGGCCCGCCUUGAUCUUGGCCUGAUUUGGGUAAAAAAGUUUAACCAAGGGCGCUAAAACUCGAUCUCGCUCUACCCUGAUCGAGUGCUCGGGCCGGACUGGACAACAGGCUGGUAGAGUUGAUACAAUUUUAUUAUUUUAUUAGCGGGGUAUACUUGCAAUUAUAACUUUCCUGUACCGACACUGUGCGCCUAGAAAGCAUGAAAACGAUGCCAGUGUAAAAGCUAUGCCUUUAUUCCUAGCAACAGGGUAAAAAUUCAAAAAGUCUGUACCUACUCAGCGACCCAAAGAGGGUCUUAUCUUACGGCACGAUAAGUUUCGGUUUAGAUAAGUUCUCAUCUAGAUAUCGUUUGUAUGUCGUAUAAUUGAUAGAAGCAGCUCGAUUCGGGCAACCAAUGUCACUUUGACGUUAGAAAUAUCGUAGAUUGAUCUUAUUGGGAUCACAGCGGAGUCGAAAUAAACGUCAAUUUAGACAUGUCGUUUAAUUAUCGAUCUUUUAAAGAUCUUUCCAAGAUCUUAAACGUAUCUUAAUCAUUCUUCGAAUAGGGCCGUUAGCCUCCGAAACGAGAGCACACCAUUUUUCCCGAUCCUGCGCCAUUUCCGGCCAAUUAUCGGCUUGAAUCUGACGCAGAUCGGCUUCCACAUGCACACUGUCUGUCUGUCCGUUUAAACCUAGCCAAUUUAACCAAUUUCCCGGGCAGAAGCUAGAAUAAUCCUUUCUGGACGGCUCGAUGUUAUGGUGCAAAAUAUAAUUUAAAAAAUCUGGAUUGGCUUAAAACCUUUGUCCGAGUGCGAGGUGAGGCCGAUACGUGAUAUAGGGGGCCGAUUAUAAUGUUCUAAGUUAUUUCCACUGAGUUCUGAAUAAGUGAAGGACCCGCACAAAAUCGUCUUUUCCUACACGUAGUCCUCAUUUUCAUCUCUGGAUAUUAACAUUAUAGAAAAUAUUUUGACACAAUUUUUCGCAUGUUACCAUAGCCUACGUUGAAUUUACUCCAAUUAUUUAUUAUUUUAAAGUUAGCAGCAUUUAAUUUAAUUUAAUUUUUACAGUAAUCGAAAAAAGUGAAACGUAGGCGCAUAGCUAUGGUUAAUAUACACGAAAUUAUGUAAAAAUAUUUUCCAUAAUGUCAACACAAGGAGGAAAAUGGGGACUACGUUUGUAUGGAGCACCGGCCGUCCCCUUUCCUCUUAACGGAAAAUUACAUACCUACAUUUUUUUCUACAGGUUUUCAUAUUAAUAAUUAAAGCAAAGUAAAAAAAAAAUCGGUCCAUAGAGAAAAUAUCCGUUUCACUUAUACGGUUACACAAAUAAUGCAAAAUUUUUUUGUAUAACUAUUGUUUUGCGAAAUAAAUGGGAGUUCUGAAACCAAAUAUCACGGAUCACGUUGCAUGGUUUCUUGAUGGAAUCUUGGAGGGUGUUUUCAACUUUCAAAUUUUGUUAUGAUACUUAUGGUUUAUGAAAUACACCGUGGGCUGAUAGAACCCGACAGAUUUUAAAGGUGUAUUCUUGACCGCAUUUAGAGACUAAAAUGUGAUACAAAGUUACCUGAAAUGGGUCUUGUUUUUGAGAUAAUGUCAAUUUUUGUAAAAAAAAAAUUCUGUAAUAAAUUAGUGAAAAGCGCAUUUUUGGCUGCAACGCUGCCACUAUGUGACUUGGUUUAGAUACCUGUUGGCAGACAUAAAAUUUUUAUAAGAAACUCGCAAUUUUUAGUGUAAAUAAAAAAAAACUUUAGUUAUUCGUUGUAACUAAUUAGUUUUUUUUUUCGCGAAGAUGUAAGAAGAAAUAACGUAUCGUAUUAAGAAAAAGCAAAAAAAAAUUUUUGUCUGAUAAAAUUUUUUUUUUUCCGAAUUUUCCCAAAACUUAUUUAAAAUUGUUUGCUCCUCAUCACCUCAGGAAUGCGUGGUUAAAAUCUGUCGGGUUUUACUAGCCCACGGUGUAUAACGUAGAUUCAAAAAAUAGUCCCAUUUUUUAAACCGACAUAAAAGCCCUCCUUUAUGUUACCUACGACGUUCCACCAGAUUUUGAUUAUUUUUUUACAAAUUUCUUGGUUAUGGUAUUAAACCUGUAAAGGCCAGUUAAUAAUUAUAUUGGCGGAAAUUGGCGUCAAUCUCCAAUUUAAUCACCAAUUUUAGAUUUAGGGGGAUAUUUGAACGCUCUAAAUAAAUAAAAAAAUGCCACACAUGAACACUAACGCCACAAAUUGGUAUUCUUGCGUCCGCACCUCUAUGUUAUCGGUAAUAUCGGUCAUAAUAACGGUAAUAUCGGUCAUAAAUAAAUAAAUAUAUAAUCGGCGGUCGAAAUCAGCGAGCCAAAUUGGCGUUUGCAUCCACACUAUCAACCUCAGACUAUAAAAUCAGAUUGGUGAAAAAUUAUUUCCGUCUGUUCCAAUCAAUUAAGGCUAGUGGGCCUUAAUACAGUGGAACCUUGAUAACUCGAACCUCGAUAAGGCGAAAUCCUCGUUAACACGAAAUAAAAUGCUAUUCCCUUCCCUUCAAAGCACAAAACCUCCAUAACUCAAAAUGUUUAACCUCAUUAACACGAAGUAACCAAAGAUUGCCUUCACGAUUAUCCAGUACAAUUUUUACCUUUUCUACAAGUCGAAAAAAUAGGCGUAUUGUUUUACCACCUCUAUAUCUCGAAGUUAUUUACUAACGAACCUCUGUAACUCGAAAAAGAUAACAAGACUGUACUUUAUGCGUUUGUAUAAUUACCUCUCUAACACGAUUUUUUUAUGCGUUUUACCUCUGUUACUCGAAACCUCUUUAACACGAACAGAAAUCUAUAAGAACCUCCCCAAGUCGAUUACCUCUAUAAAGCGAAAUCUCGUUAACACGAAGUUUUUGGCGUUUCCCUUGAGAUUCGUGUUAUCGAGGUUCCACAGUACUUAUUAGUGCUGACGACAGUUCAAUAUUAUAAUAAUUGAUAUAAUGGAGACCGAAGGUUAAAGGUCGCCAUUAGAUAUAUCGGAGCGGCUACGGCGUUCACAAAUAUCUGAACAUACCUUUAUUGUUAAGGCGUUAGAGUGCGUGUUUAGAUAUCAAUUCAAUUCAAUUCAAAAUAUUUAUUUGCACUAUAUCCUUUUUUAUUUUCUUUGUAUCUUUAAGCACUUUGGGCGAUCUAGGUGUGUAGCAAAUGUGCCAAUCGUUUACGCUCCGCAGCGUAGCGUAGUUCUCUCUCUUGCUUUUCUAUAUUAGAGCGAAAGAGACAGUUGCGUUUCGUUCGCUAUAGAGCGUAAACGAUUGGCACGUUGGCUAGGCACCCUUAUGGCGUCUUUACUGAAGGAGUGACUAUUAAAACUAAAGAUCCCUAAUCCCUAAGUCCCUAUCAGAUACAUCGGAGCGGCCGUCGUGCUCAAAAAUAUCUGAACACGCCUCUAUUGUCAAGGCGUUCAGAGUGUGUGUUCAGAUAUUUAUGAGUACCUCGGCCGCUCAGAUAUUCUGAUGUACAGUCAGCGUCAAAUACUUUGUAGCAGUCAAAGUGGCCAAAUAGUUCGGUACACCAUACUAAAUAUAUGGUGUACCGAACUAUUUGACUACUUUGGUUGCUACAAAGUAUUUGACGCUGACUGUACCGACGAAAAAGCUGUUUAGAAGAUACAAUAGGGAUGAUCUUUAGAUGAAAUGUUUAUUUCAUUUAUGUUUAAUUGUUCUUUUGAACGCCAAGAACACUAAAGGCGUCGAAACUAGUCGUGGCCAUGCAUAGCGCCAUGGACGACUAUCAGGUGUUAAGGCGUACGUUGUCAAAGUAAUCUUCACACUUUCAGAAUUCAAAUUACAAAAUAAUAAUUAUUUUCAAAAUUCGCUUGAGCUCGUGACCUUCGCGAGUAAGUGACGUUUUCGGUACUGACGUAAAGCGUUCAAAGCGUUAAAUAGUUUUUCUGCCCUCCGCCGGGCGGAAAGCGUCAACUUUGCUCCCGCUGCGCUAAACGAAGUUGCCGCUUUCCGGCUCCGUCCAGCAGAAAGAUAGUAUGCGCACCACAGGAGGAAACGUAGGACAUUCCAUCCCGCGUAUUCUUUCCUACUUUUCUUCCCUUGGGACACAACUAUUGUUUGACAUUGGCAGGCGUUAUUAUUUCUCAUUUUUGACCCUAUUGACAAGUUUUUUGUGUGAUUGAGUGUGUCAUGUAUUUUUGUAAAGUUUGUGUAUCUUGGAUGUAUUUAUACGAAAUGUUAUUAAAUAAAUUAUGUAGAUGAAGGUGAAUAAAUUAUAUUUUAUAAAAAAA